GCAGUGCAGGUCACGUGUCGCACUUUAGCGAGGCGCACCACAAUUGGGCCCCGUAAUAGCGCUACCGCGAACCUCGAUUUCCGACCAACACCUCAACGCCAACCGACCGUCAGCGCAUCGUCCACCGUCAAGAUGCGUACCUACGACGACUCUUUCAGCGGCCAGAAGAUCUACCCCGGCAAGGGUAAGCUGUACGUCCGUGGCGACAGCAAGAUCUUCCGCUUCCAGAACGGAAAGUCCGAGUCGCUCUUCCUCCAGCGCAAGAACCCUCGCCGGAUAGCUUGGACUGUUCUGUACCGUCGCCAGCACCGCAAGGGUAUCUCUGAGGAGGUUGCCAAGAAGCGCUCUCGCCGUGUCGUGAAGAGCCAGCGUGCUAUCGUCGGUGCUUCCCUUGAGCAGAUCAAGGAGCGCCGCUCCCAGCGCCCCGAGGCCCGUGAGGCCGCCCGCAAGCAGGCCAUCAAGGACGCCAAGGAGAAGAAGACCGCCUCCGAGAGCCAGAAGAAGGCCGAGAAGGCCAAGAACGCCGCCAACGCCGCCAAGGGUGGUGCCCAGCGCAUUGCCAGCAAGCAGGGUGCUAAGGGUUCCGCUCCCAAGGUUGCCGCCAAGUCCCGCUAA